UUCGCGCCUCGCAUCUGCUCGGAGCAGCGCGCCGCUCCGCAAGUUUGUCCCCGCGACAGCUUUCCGGCAAGGAUGGACGUGGAGAACCGAGAUGUGCUGCUGGAGCUCGAGGAUGAAGGCGACGAGCUGGAAGGGGAGGAAGAAGACAGGGAUCUUGUUCUGGAAGAAUUCGAACAAACAAUUCUUCCUAGCUAUGGAACAGCACCUGGCCAGCAAGCACUUCAUAUGCCAGAAUGGGCAGAAUUUGAUCUGAAACGGGAUUCCCUGUACUUUAAUGAUGGCCAGAGAAGAAUUGACUUUGUUCUAGUAUAUGAAGAUGAAAGCAAAAAGGAAGGUCAUAAGAAGAGCUUGCGUAGAAAACAAAUGAGGAAAAGGCAAGCAUAUGAAUCCAGCCUGAUCAGCCGUGGUUUACAGCUUGAAGCAACGAGAUCGGUCUCAGAUGAAAAGCUUGUCUUUGUAAAGGUACACACACCUUGGGACGUACUUUGCAGAUAUGCCGAGGUCAUGCACAUCAAACUGCCCCUGCAGCCCGACGACUUGAAAACUCAUGACUCAGCAUUUCACUGGAUUAGUAGAUUCUUCAGUGUGGAUGCAAACAUCAUCAAACCAGAGCAGGAGUUUUUUACAGCUCCAUUUGAAAAUGAUCGUUUGUCUGACUUUUAUAUUCAGGACAAGGACACGUUCUUCAAUCCAGCAACAAGAAGCCGAAUAGCUUAUUUCAUUCUGUGCCGUGGGGAAUAUGCUAUAAGAGACAAUGUUAAAAAGUUUGGUAUCAAUAAGCUACUGGACUCUGGGAUCUACAAGGCAGCUUUCCCACUUCAUGAUUCAAGAUUCAACUACCAGUCGGAAGAUCCCAACUGCCCAAAUGAACGGUAUCUGCUAUACAGAGAAUGGGCCCAUCCUAAAAAUAUUUUAAAAUUGCAACCAUUAGAUCUAGUCAGGAAAUAUUAUGGUGAGAAAAUUGGAAUCUAUUUUGCUUGGCUGGGAUUCUAUACUCAGAUGUUAGUUCUGGCAGCAGUAGUUGGACUCGGAUGCUUUUUGUAUGGAUAUUUUACAAAGGACAACUGCACUUGGAGCCAGGAAGUAUGUGACCCUAACAUAGGAGGUAAGAUCAUCAUGUGCCCGCAGUGUGACAGAGAGUGUACCUACUGGAAUCUCACAAUCACUUGUGAAUCAUCCAAGAAACUGUGCAUUUUUGAUAGCUUUGGAACACUGGUGUUUGCAGUAUUUAUGGGGAUAUGGGUUACUUUGUUUCUAGAGUUCUGGAAACGACGUCAAGCUGAAUUGGAAUAUGAAUGGGACACUGUUGAGUUCUUAGAGCAAGAAGAACAAGUACGAGCAGAGUAUGAAGCAAAAUGCCAUCAUGUAGUAGUGAAUGAAAUUACACAGCAAGAAGAACAUGUUCCAUACACAGCCUGUGGGAAGUGUGUAAGGAUUACCUUCUGUACAAGCGCUGUCUUAUUUUGGAUCCUGCUCAUUAUUGCCUCGGUUAUUGGCAUAAUUGUGUACAGACUGUCAGUUUUCCUGGUGUUUUCUGCAAAACUUCCCAGACACAUUAAUGGGACGGAAGCAAUCAAGAAGUAUCUCACUCCACAAACAGCAACUUCAGUUUCUGCUUCAGUCAUCAGCUUCAUAAUUAUUAUGAUACUGAACAUGAUCUAUGAGAAAGUUGCAAUCAUGAUUACUGACUUUGAACUACCAAGGACACAGACCGAUUAUGAGAACAGUCUGACCAUGAAGAUGUUUUUAUUCCAAUUUGUCAACUAUUAUUCAUCGUGUUUCUAUAUUGCAUUCUUUAAGGGCAAAUUUGUAGGUUACCCUGGUGACCCAGUUUAUUGGCUGGGAAAAUACAGAAAUGAAGAGUGUGAUCCAGGAGGGUGUCUCCUUGAACUUACAACACAGCUGACAAUAAUAAUGGGAGGCAAAGCCAUCUGGAAUAACAUUCAAGAAGUACUUUUCCCGUGGCUUAAGAAUCUUCUUGGACGAUGCUGUGCAGCUAAAAGCUCAGAAAAAAUUGUCCCACGCUGGGAACAAGACUACCACCUGCAACCAAUAGGCAAACUUGGAUUGUUUUAUGAGUAUCUUGAAAUGGUUAUACAGUUUGGAUUUGUCACCUUAUUUGUGGCAUCUUUCCCACUGGCACCCCUUCUGGCUCUCAUUAACAAUUUACUGGAAAUACGUGUGGAUGCAUGGAAGAUCACAACACAAUUCAGGCGCAUGGUUCCUCGGAAAGCUCAGGACAUUGGAGCAUGGCAACCAAUCAUGCAAGGAAUAGCCAUUCUUGCUGUAGUAACAAACGCCAUGAUCAUUGCUUUUACAUCUGAUAUGAUUCCACGCCUGGUUUAUUACUGGUCAUUUUCGAUCCCUCCCUAUGGAAAUCACAGCAGUCAUACUAUGAAGGGGUACAUAAACAACACACUUUCUGUCUUUGCUGUAUCCGACUUCAGAAAUCAUAGCAAGCCAGCUGUCCUUCCCAUGUUUGCCAACCAAACAACCUGCAGAUACCGAGAUUUCCGAUACCCUCCUGGACAUGAGCAUCAAUAUGAACACAAUAUCUAUUACUGGCAUGUUAUUGCAGCCAAGUUAGCAUUCAUCAUUGUCAUGGAGCAUCUUGUCUACUUUGUGAAGUUCGUUAUUUCAUAUACCAUUCCAGACGUGUCAAAGAAAACCAAAAGCAAAAUUAAACGAGAAAAAUAUUUAAUACAGACGCUUCUGCAUGAAAAUCCUUUGAAAAUGAUGAAGAAAAAUAUGGGGAACAUUGCUGACAAAAUAUUUAAGGGAGCAGAUGGCACAUUCAGACCAAAAUAUGAAUAAAGACAUGAUACGUUAUGCAUGUGAAUAAUUCAGCCAAAACAAACCAAAUAACUGGACCAAAGACUUUGUAGAAUGUAAUUACAAGGAAAGAAGUAAAUGUUCAUACACAUGUUGAACAG